CCCUUUAAAUAAACCAUCCAAUGACACUGCAGCGCGUCCGCUGCCUCGGCUUGUCUGAUUUACAGUCUAUGGUCUGACAGCAGCACGGAGACCGAGCCGACUGACGGAAAUGUAGGGAUGCUGCCAGCGCUGUCAAGGGACUAGUCGAAGAACAAGAGAGGACCAUGAUACGAACAUGAUCAACGCCGAUGGCUUCUCAAAAUGCGAGGCGACUCUGCAAGAGAGAGGCAGAAGGAGGCCACCCGCAGAGAUGCUCCAUCUGCUGUCAGCUGUUAUUGUUUGGCUUGUGACGGGAACCACCAUCUCCAGCCUCAACAAAUGGAUAUUUGCCGUUUACAACUUCAGGUACCCUCUGCUGCUGUCAGCGCUGCACAUGCUGACAGCCAUAGUGGUGGACUAUGGGCUGAUCAAACUGCAGGUGAUCCGCCAGAGAGGGAUUGGAGAGCAGGACCUGACCUACAAUGCAAAAUGUAAGGUGUUCCUGUUGAGCCUGACAUUUUGCGCCAGUAUUGCUUUUGGGAACAUUGGUCUGAACUAUGUCCAGUUGUCAUUUGCACAAAUGAUCUAUACCACCACUCCACUCUUUACUUUGGCCAUCUCUACACUGAUCUUGGGAAAACAACAUCACUUCCUCAAAUACACAGCCAUGAUGCCCAUCUGUCUGGGAGCCUCCUUCAGCAUCAUGGGAGAGGUCCAGUUUGAUCAGACUGGCUGCUUCUUUGUGUUUGCAGCAACCAUGUUUAGGGGCGUCAAGUCCAUUCAGCAGAGCAUCUUACUUCAGGAGGAGAAGAUCAACUCUGUGUUCCUGCUCUACCUGAUGUCCAUUCCUAGCUUCUGCAUCUUGGCCGUGGCCGCUCUAGCCUUAGAAAACUGGGCUUUGCUGGAGUCUCCGCUGCAUUACGACCGCCACCUGUGGGUCUUCAUAUUGCUCAGCUGCCUGGGCUCAGUCAUGUACAACCUGGCCAGCUGCUGCGUCAUCACGCUCACCUCUGCCGUCACUCUGCAUAUCCUCGGCAACCUGAGCGUGGUGGGAAACCUGCUGUUGUCUCAGCUGCUUUUCGGCAGCGAGUUGUCCACCCUCAGCUGCGCCGGCGCGGUGCUGACAUUAUCUGGCAUGCUUAUCUAUCAGAACUCAGAGUUUAUCGUCAGCUUCUUGGACGCACGCAGGGCCAAAGCUGAAAAGUCCGAACAGGUGGAUUUCCACACUGCAAGUGGAGAGGACUCAGACAGAGCUAGUGCAUCUGAACCAACAUAUCAUCAGCAGAGAACGGACGGGAAACAGGAAGACAAGAUAGACUGAACUGAAAGGAUGAAGGAGAGAAUAAAGAUGAAGGAAAAACCCUGGCUGUAGUUUUUUUACCCUUUGUGUCUGCAAGUGGUUGAGAGCAGCAGACGGAGUGUGACCUUAUAAGGCCAACAUCACUGAUGUGACUGACCUUUUAUUAUUUUCUUAACUUCUUCACUAUGCCAGUUAAUUUCUCCUCUGGUCACACAGAAGUGGAGUCUGCAGAGAGGAAAGGUUUACCUUUAUUUUGUCUCAGUGAUGGUUAAAUUCUCUCCUUCAUCUGUAAAUCACUCUUACACAGCCUUAUAGUGGCAUAUGCAUGCAUGAGCACACUAAACUGUUUGAUACCUCAUGAGGUAUUCACACUGUCACUCAUACUACUCCACUGUGAAAAUGUUCUCAUUGACAGAGGGCUCUAAUCAAUGUUCUGGGUGGCUGUCGUGGAUAUUGCAGGCUGCAGAGAGCACUCCACUUCAGAUCUGAAUGGGCACAAUUUGUAUAAAAAAUCUAUAUUAAUGGUACUGUUACCUGACAUUCACCUGGCCCUGUCAUGGUAAGGGCCUGCGUUUUUGGCAGCUUUUUUUUUUUUCUUAGUAUGUGAAGCGGGAAGCUUGUCAUAUUAGGACAUUAAAUCUUUUAUUUGGAGACAGAAGUUACAAUGAUGGACAAAGCCAACAUUUUUGUGCAAUGAGACGCCUCUUUUCCUCUACUGAAGCACAUUUUUAAUGAGAGGCCUGCGCUCUGUGUUUUGUCCUCCCUUAUAAACCUCAGUGUGGCUUCCCACUUCAGGCCUAGAUUUUGUUCUCAGGCAGUCUCUGUAGAAUUAGUCCAAUUAUUUCCAUCUUUUACAACAGCGCGCUCACUGCAGCUUUCCUCGAUAAUUAGGUUCACAAGUUCUCUAAGGAGUGUCACCCAACUUAAGAUGUCUUUUCCCUGUGGAAAAGAUGAGGAAAUAGAAGCUUGAGAUGUCCUUUAAGGUUACUUCUUAAUUCCUAACCAAUGUCAUGUGUUAGGUUUAAUUUUUCUCUUUCUGUGGCUGACAUUUUUAUUUUUAAGUUAGUUACCAGCACUUCCUGAUAAACUGACCUCUGCUGGACAGUGUUAUGCUAUCUGUCAGUAUUCAAAAAGCUUUUUAUUGAAAUGAUUUUAUUUUGCGACAAAACACAUUUUAUUCCCCAUUUAAUAUUUAUGUAGAAAGAAAUAUUUAUUUUUUAAUGGCCAUAGUAUUCACUGGCUUUGCAGUGCUUUAGAUUUCGGUCCUCAAGUGUCUUGCACAUGCAUACAAGUAAUAUUAGAUGAAAUUCAUCUCUCCUGUCUUUUUUUUUUUUCUCUUCAGAAAAAUGUCAAAUAUACUAGGUUGCAGAAGACUGCAUGCCACUGCUCUCACGAAAGAAUCUUAUAUGAUCCAGGAUGUCUCUUACUGUGCACCCCCUCCAACAUGUAUGGUAUGCCAAAUAUUUAUUUUGAAAGUUUGUUUUGCUGACAUCUUGUCCGAAAUACAGAUUCUGUCAGGAACCAGACAUUUCUUAGGACAAUUUUUUUCCCCCGUAGGAUUGCAGAAUCAUGACCCGCUACCCUGCCUCUGAUUGGCUAGUACUUGUUACCCUCGUUGGUUCGGGUUGGUUCGAGUUAGUCGGGUCAUGCCUUUGCCAUACUAGGAAAAAAAUAUCACGAUUCCUUACGUACAGUUUGAGCUCUUAAAAGAAGUCAAACAACAAAGCCAUACAAAGUUGUUGUUUUUUAUGACACCCGCCACAUAUUUUUGCAUAUUUUGACUUUAGAAUAACUACAGACAGAAUUUUAAGCUGAAAGAUUUAAAUUGAUAUGUCACUGUUUGACCCAUGCAUCCCUUUAAAAAAAACAAAAAAACUCCCUCAUUACCCUUGAGGAUAAAAAAAAAGUCUGCUUCAAAAAUUGUCAUAAACUUUUAUAGUGGCAUUGUUGUUUUUUACUCUACUUAACCAACUUCAGUCUAGAGCAUAACUACCAAAUAUUCAUUCAUAUUCAGAAAUGUAACUUUAAAUCCAAGUUUGUUUACAUUACGCCACUAUUUUUGCAAAAAAAACAACAAACACUGAAUUGUUUUCUAUAUACUAAAUGCUAGGGUAAAAAUAUUCCCGCAGUCUGAGAUAUGGGAAUGAUUAACAACAACAUUGAUAUUGAUGCGUUGUAUUUAACACAGUAGUGCUCCUUAAUACAGGACAUACAUAAUACAGUAGAAGCUUUGCACCAUAGGGCAAGCAUGAGAAAAAGCUUAAAUCUGGUGGAAAAUAUUAAAAAGUACAAUUUUGAAGCAGCACUCUAGAUUAAAAAUCUGAUAUAAAAGAAUGCGCACUUUUUGCUGCAAUGGUUGUAGGAUGAAUAGUUGUGAUUUUAAUUAGUUUUGAUGGGGACAUUUUUGUCCUAAAGGGUCUGAUUGUCUUUAUUGUGGCUACACCUUUUGUUAUAGACUUAUUGUAGGAGCUGAGGUUGAACGGCUAAAAUUCCAGAAAACAAUAACUUGCACACUUGCCAAAAGCUAUGCCAUAUGCAUUAACACAGCCACAAUUUAAAAUGUCAAAGCCAAACAUGUUGCUAAGGAUGCACAAGUGUUAAUAUUUACUGGGUGCCAUUCAUAAAAUUGCAUCCUCCAGAGCAUCACCCAAGAUGCUUUUCAUUAAUGCCCAGUUAGUCGAAAAAUAAUGGAAGAAAGCUGUAAAGCGCUUUUAUUUUGCUGUUUGACGAAUAACGCUGUUGGUUUAAAAUUUCAAAAUAACCUGUGUUGUCAGCGAUUCUCAGUUACAGUUUUAAAGAUUAUGUAUUCAGAUCAUUUCUCUGGUUUUAUAUUGAAUACCUCAGCUGUUAAAUAGGACUUGUUAUGCCCUUGUGUUCAUUGAUUAUUAACUAUUAGAUCAAGCAGUUUUUCAACAGCCACAAUAAAACUGCAGCAUGUGAAUGAUGGAUUUUACUUUGUUCAGUAGAUUACAGAUGUCAACAUAUUUUAAAACACAUUCUUGUGUUGUUCUUCGAUGAGAACACCACUUUUCAGUUUUAUAAUCUCACUUAAACGAUCACAGAGCUGUGAAAGUUUGGCAGGUUUGGCUGCUUUUUCUAGUGGCUAUCAUGUAAAGUAGAUUAUGAGCGCUGGGCAAAGAAACUGUUGCACUGACGAGGUAUGAAGACGAUGCCUUCAAAGCCUCCGGUUCCUGUGUACAUACUGGUUUUAACUGUUUGCAAAGCUAGUUUGGUGUAAAUAGUUAUUUUAUGAUAAUAAUGUAUUUUAUAGUCAUAUAUGGCUGGUUUAAACUAGACUGGUUUAAGAAUGAAACAUUUGCCUCAUGCCUUAUUUGGACAUACUGUAGAUAAGAACGGAGUGAUUUGAUUUCAUUUUCAGUCAUUUUGUCUAAUUUUUUGGUUCAUACUUUGAAUGCCAAUAGCAGCCGCAGAUGCUUCUUUUUAGGGGCAAAUACAUGGCCGAUUCAUAUACACAUGAUCUGCAACUGCUUGAAUAAAAAUAAAUGGACUGGUACAAUAAACGAUUAUGAACCACUUCA